AUGGAAACUGCUGGAGCGGAGCGACUUUCAAGCAGUUGGCUGGAUGUUCGUCACAUUGAAAAAUAUGUAGACCAAGGUAAAAGCGGAACAAGAGAAUUACUUUGGUCCUGGGCGCAGAAAAACAAGACCGUCGGUGACCUUUUACAGAUUCUCCAGGAGAUGGGGCAUCAUCGAGCUAUCCAUUUAAUUGCAAACCAUGGAGCAGCCUUGAAUCCUUCAGAGCAGAGUCAUCAGGGAGAUGGAUUUCCGAAUAUGUUCUCCAAGGAAACAGCCAAUGUCACAGUGGAUAAUGUUCUUAUUCCUGAACAUAAUAAAAAAGGAAUAUUGCUUAAAUCCUCUAUCAGCUUUCAAAACAUCAUAGAAGGAACCAAAAACUUCCACAAAGACUUCCUAAUUGGAGAAGGGGAGAUUUUUGAGGUGUACAGAGUGGAGAUCCAAAACCAAACAUAUGCCAUUAAAUUAUUUAAACAGGAGAAAAAAUUGCAAUGUAAGAAACAGUGGAAGAGAUUUUUAUCUGAGCUUGAAGUCUUACUACUAUUUCAUCAUCCAAACAUACUGGAAUUGGCUGCAUAUUUUACAGAGAGUGAGAAGUUCUGCCUGGUUUAUCCAUAUAUGAGAAACGGAUCACUUUUUAACAGAUUGCAGUGUGUAGGAAACACAGCCCCACUUUCUUGGCACAUUCGAAUCAGUGUAUUAAUAGGAACAGCCAAAGCCAUUCAGUACUUGCACAACACUGACCCGUGCUCAGUCAUCUGUGGCAGUAUAUCAAGUGCAAACAUACUUUUGGAUGAUCAGUUUCAACCCAAAAUAAGUGAUUUUGCCAUGGCUCACUUCCGACCCCACCUAGACCAUCAGAGCUCUACCAUAAGCAUGACCAGCAGCAGCAGUAAACACUUGUGGUACCUGCCAGAAGAAUAUAUCAGACAGGGCAAACUUUCCACCAAAACCGAUGUCUACAGUUUUGGAAUCGUUAUAAUGGAAGUUCUGACAGGUUGUAAAGUGGUGUUAGAUGACCCAAAGCAUAUUCAGCUGAGGGAUCUUCUUAUGGAAUUGAUGGAGAAGAGAGGCCUCGAUUCAUGUCUCUCAUUUCUAGAUAAGAACGUGUUUCCCUGCCCUCGGAAUUUUUCCGCCAAGCUCUUCUCUUUGGCAGGCCAGUGUGCGGCAGCACGGGCAAAGUUAAGACCAUCGAUGGACGAAGUCCUAAAUACUCUUGAAAGUACUCAAGCCAGCUUAUAUUUUGCCGAAGAUCCUCCCACCUCCCUCAAGUCCUUCAGGUGUCCUUCUCCUCUAUUCUUGGAUAAUGUACCAAGUGUUCCAGUGGAAGAUGAUGAAAGACAUUCACUGCUUUGUGAUAAGCAUUUGAAAAGAGAUAGAAUGACUCAGAAAGUUCCCUUUGAAUGCAGCCAGUCUGAAAUUACAUUUCUGGGAUUUGACAAAAAGACAGGGAGUAAGAGAAAUGAAGAUGCUCGCAACAUGCCCAGUUCUUCUUGUGAAGAGCGUUGGUCUCCAGAGCAUGCAGUUCCCUCCCAGGACUCAAGGGCCUAUGAUAUGAAAGUGGAUGCGUCUACAGAAGUUCCAGGCCAUUCUUACAGGAGCAGGCCAGUGGAGGCUAGCACUUCCUCCAAAUUGUUUUGGAAUGAAUGUGAACAGUACAAAGAGGAAUCAAUUUCACCAGAAGAUAAAGAAGAUGGCAAGUAUUAAUGAGGCACCUGAGGAUAGGUCCCGUCCUGGGAAGCCAUUGUCAUCAUAAGUAAUGCCAAGAGGAUGAUCAGUGGUGAAUCUGGGUAAUGCAGAUCAACAGUCUGGACAAUCCUAUCCUUUCUAACUCGCAAAACAGACCGGCUUCGAAGUUUGUUUUAUUGGCUAAUUGCCUCAUGAUCAAACCUAGGCUAAAUUAGAGCCGUUCGAGAUUACUUAAGAUCUUGGACAAGAUCUUAAUAAAAUAAUAAGUCAGGUUCACCUUUGGCUAUGACAUAUUCUGUAUAGAAAGGAGAUUCUUGUCCAAGAAUCUUAAGUAAUAGGCUCUGACUUCAGACAAACAAAACAAUCAAAACCUACCAAAGAGAAACUAGAUUCUGAUGUCUACUGCAUCAACACCAAGAUGAGUCCUCAGAGCCUCUAGUCUGCUAACUAUGUUCAGUUCAGUUGGAUUCCAUUGUGUGGUUUAGCUUGCUUGUGAAGGCUGCAGGAAUGUCUAGUUUGUAAAUGUUAAUAGAUGCCCUUUAAAGAACUGCCUUUUCAUUUAUUUUGAUUGACCCUUGGUACUUUUCUGUUUAUCCCUGUUAAGCCUGUCUGUCUGAAAAUAAGUCAGGUUCACCUUUGGGUAUGACAUAUUCUGUAUAGAAAGGAGAUUCUUGUCCAAGAGCUGUAUUCUGUAUUUAAACACUUAGGAUAGUUUAUAACACAUUGUAUAGUUAUUGACUGUUAUUACAAUUUCUUUUUUACAAACGUAGGAACCUGUUAUAUCCUGAGUAGAGUGUUUGAAAUUUUAAUCAAGUAAUUUUGUUCCUGAGAAAAUGGCUGGUCAGCUUUAGGUUUGAUUGUGCUUUUUCUUCUGCUGUUUACUGCAUCUCUCCCUUUUGAAGUCUUAUCCAAUCCUUCAGGGCCAUCCUUCUGGAAGUUUUCCUAACCUCUCCAGCAAGAAGUACUCACUUGACCAGCAUUUCCAUAGAAUUUUUUUGGUAUUUCUAUUUUUUACCAGUCACUUUCUGAAUUACAUCUAAUUUGUUUGUGUCAUCUUCUUUCUCUUACUAGAUUGUAAACUCCCUGUAUUAGUUUGUUAUUGUUGCUGUAACAAAUUAUUACAAAUGUAGUGGGUUAAAACAACAUAAAUGAAUUAUUUUACAGUUCUGGAAGUAAGAAGUCCUUGGCAUUCCUUCCAGAGGCUUUAGGGGGAGAAUUCAUUCCUUUACCUGUUUAAGCUUCUAGAGGCCACCUACAUUCUUUGGCUCAUGGCCUUUUUCUCCAUCCUCAAAGCCAGCAACAUAGCAUCUUUAAAUCUAGAUCUCUCUCUUUAUCACCUCUUUCUUGUACUUUGGCCCUCUCUCUUAUAAGGAUCCUUACGAUUGUAUUGGGUGCACUCAGAAAAUCCAGGAAAAUCUCUGCAUCUCAGGAUUCUUAAUUUAAUCACACCUACACUUUCCCUUUUCUCUUGUAAAGCAGUGUAUUCACAAGUUUCUGGGAUUAGGACAUGGACAUCUUUGGGGAGCUAUUACUCUAUCACAUUCCCUGGGUGUGUAGUGGCCAUACCUUCAAGUCCUUGUGUGUUAUCCUAUAAGGAUCAGGUGUUGCCUUAUCAAUUAAGUUGAAUUAAAUUAUCUCUAUGAACCCAUGUAAUCAAAAAUUCAGCUAUAGUAAACAUUGCUGAGUAGAUUAACAAAGUGAGGAUAAUGACUGUCUUUAUGAUGAUGGAUGGAAACACUCCAAGAAAACUAUUUCCAAAAGAUUUACAGAAUCCCCCUCUCCAGAACAUUUAUAAUAAAAGAGUAGACCUCUAGUUUUCUGUGCAUGAGGAAAAGGCACAUGCCUUCGUGUUUGUGUGUGUGUGUGUGAGUCAGUGUUGUUGGGUUAAUCAUACUUGGAUUGGAGUUCAGAUUCAAGAACAACUAAUCAAAAAAGGAAGUCAAUCAGGAAUCAGGGCCAAGUUAGCAGAGCAAGGUCAGAAACAUGGAACUAUAAUUCUGGGGAAAAGGAUCUCAUGGCAGAAUGUGAGGUUCAAAACACAAUAAGUCUUAGUCUAAUUGACAGGCCAAAAAAAGACCCCAGGUAAACAGUUGAGAGAGGCCAUGUUCACAGGCUGUGGUCUGUAGCGGACUUGGCUGUCCAGUGCUGUCUUCUCCAUCUGAUCAUGAUGUAUGUGUUCAAAUGCUUCCAAACUGUCCUCGUGCUAAGGCUAGUAGGGGGAAAGGGUUGGACUUGACUUCAUAUGAUUUUAAUUCUUGUGACCGGUCCUAGUGGGCAACUCUUGAUUACACAUGUUAAUGAAAAGCAGUAGUAAACGUCUUUGGCAUUUGGCUUUAUAUACUGCAGACCAUUCCAAGGUUGAUUUAGUUUAUUUAAGAGAUAUGGUCUGAAAGUCUUUUUGGCUGAAUUGGAGAAAUUAGCCUGGAAUCAAGGGAAGUUGCCACUAAUAAUUCAAAUGAGGUAAUCAAGAUAAUCAAGAGCUGACUCUAUUUUAAACUGUUUUUCACUUUGAAUCUGGACCCCACAGUACCUUCAGUGAGAGGCCAUUAAGGAAGCUCUGAUUAACAGCAGGCCUGUGCCAUUACUCAGCACAUGUGUAAUCUGUUGCUUUUAUGUUGAUUUGAAAUUGCUUAUUUGACUUAACGCGGUGUUUCUCGAACUCGAAUGUGCAUCAAAAUGAUGUGGAAGGCCUGUUAAAAACACAGAUUGCUGGGCCCACCUAGUUUCUGAAGCAGUAGAUCUGGGGUUAGAAAUCUGGCUUUUUAACAAGUUCCUGGUGCUGCUGCCACCGCCGAUGUA